AUGAAUACCUCUAGAAAGGAUUGGGUAAGUAAGCUUAAUGAUGCUCUAUGGGCAUACAGAAUUGCUUUCAAGAUCCCUAUAGGAACAUCACCAUAUCAAUUGGUGUAUGGGAAGGCAUGCCACCUACCAGUAGAGCUAGAACACAAGGCCUACUGGGCAACUAAACUCAUGAACCUUGAUGCAAAGGUAGCAGGAGAGAAAUGGUUGCUCCAGCUAAAUGAGUUAGAUGAAUUCCGAUUGGCUGCAUUUGAGAAUACAAAGAUUUAUAAAGAAAGGGGCAAGAAGUGGCAUGACAGAAAGAUUUCUUCCAGAAUCUUUGAACCUAGACAGAAAGUUCUGCUUUUCAAUUCUAGACUAAAGCUCUUCCCUGGAAAGCUUAAGUCACAUUGGACAGGACUUUUCCUGAUCACUAAUGUAUCACCCUCUGGUCAUAUAGAACUCUAG